GUGGGGAACCAGGCUGGCUCAGCGCUUCCCUGGCACGGCAGCGAUGUGACCCCGGGUGCCACCAUGGCCCCGGCGCCGGCUGGAGGGGCCCGGCAGCACCCCGCAGCUCGGGGGGCGCACGGGGAGGAGGAGGUGGACGAGGCUCCCCCAGCACCGCUCGCCGCCCGCUGCAGAUGAACGCCCUGGGCCAGGUGCUCGCAGGACGCCAGCGAUCGCUCCGCGCUGAGGCCGGCCGGGAGACAUGAGCGGCAGCACGAGCCAGCGCGCCGCCGUCUUCGUGGUCCUCUUCGCCCUGCUCAUGCUGCUGAUCAUCUACAGCUCCAGCAACGGGACCGAGGUCUUCCCCUACGGCGCCCUGCGGGGCCGAGCCCGCCGGCCCCCCGACCUGCGGCGAUGGGGGGUGAGCAGCGGGUACCUGCCCGUCUCCGGGAACAAGAGCCUGACUUCCCACUGCCACCAGUGCGUCAUCGUCACCAGCUCCAGCCACCUCCUGGGCACCCGCCUGGGCGCCGAGAUCGACCAGGCCGAGUGCGCCAUCCGCAUGAACGACGCCCCCACCACCGGCUACGAGGCGGACGUGGGCAACAAGACCACGUUCCGCGUGGUGGCCCACUCCAGCGUCUACCGCGUGCUCAAGCGGCCCCAGGAGUUCGUCAACAAGACCCCGGAGACCGUCUUCAUCUUCUGGGGGCCGCCCGCCAAGAUGCAGAAGAGCCUGCUGAAGAUCAUCCAGCGCGUCAGCGCGUCCUUCCCCAACAUGACGGCCUACGUCGUGUCCCCCGGCCGCAUGAAGCAGUUCGAUGAGCUGUUCCGGGGGGAGACGGGGAAGGACAGGGAGAAGUCGCGCUCGUGGCUCAGCACGGGCUGGUUCACCAUGGUGAUCGCGGUGGAGCUGUGCGACACCGUCCACGUCUACGGCAUGGUGCCCCCCAACUACUGCAGCCCGCGCUCUGCCCGCAGCCGGCGGCCGCAGCCCCGCCGCAUGGCCUACCACUACUACGAGCCCAAGGGCCCCGACGAGUGCACCACCUACAUCCACAACGAGCGCAGCCGCCGGGGCAACCACCACCGCUUCAUCACGGAGAAGCGCGUCUUCGCCAGCUGGGCCGGCCUCUACAACAUCACCUUCUCCCACCCCGCCUGGCCCUAGGGCGGCCGCACCGAGCGGGGACCCCUGGGAACAGGGACGGGGUCCCCUUGGGAUGGGGUCCCCUUGGGACGGGGUCCCCUUGGGAUGGGGUCCCUUUGGGACGGGGUCCCCUUGGGACGGGGUCCGGGCCACGCCGUGCGCCCUGGGGCUGAUGGAGCCAUCGAGGACCGCCUGCCACCGCCGUGCCCAAGGGCUCCGCGUGCCCGUGGUGUGAAGGGUUUCGGGGUGGCGUGUCCCCUCCCGCAGGACAGCAGGCAGGGGAGCCGUGGGGGCAUCGCACGGGGGUUACAUCCUGCACAGAGCCAGCUCCGAACCUCCCCGGCUGCCUCGCAGCCCACCACCCUACAAGCACACCCGGGGGCGGUCCGG